AUGAUUGUAACGCGCGUCUGGUUCCGGACUCUUGGUUCUGCCUCAAUACUUUUCCUCGUUGGGAUUCUAUGGUAUUUGCGACACACUCGCUACACGACAGUCCAAGUCCACAAAAGUAGUUUUGACUGGUCACAAGUGAAAUACCUUCACCAUGCUCAGCCGGAGGUGGGCGCCGUUAGUGGCGCGACACGAAUCUUACCAAAGAUACAGCAUCGUUUCGAGCGUUCGUCAAAUAUAUCGAAGAAGCAGCGACAACGGCGCGAUGUCAUUCUCAGCACGUUCAAGAAGUGCUGGCGGAACUAUCGAACAUAUGCCUGGAAGCAGGAUGAGCUGCUCCCCAUCAGCGCUGGUGGUAAGAACAGUUUCGGUGGUUGGGCCGCGACACUGAUCGACUCACUCGACACUCUAUGGAUCAUGGGAUUGAAAGAAGAGUUCUUCGAAGCAGUAGGAGUCGUGGCCUCGCUUGACUGGAACUCUACGCCAGAGACGUCAUGCAGUGUGUUCGAGACGACGAUACGGCAUCUGGGCGGGCUGUUAUCCGCUUACGAUCUCAGUGGCCAUGACGCUUUGCUGCAGAAGGCUGUUGAGCUAGGUGAUAUGCUUAUUACCUCUUUCAACACGCCGAGCGGCCUCCCUGCCUCCUGGCUUGAUUUCGAGAAGGCCAAGACUGGUCAGCUUGAGGCUGGAUUUCAUGAGCCGUCAACAAGCGCCGGCUCGCUGGCGUUGGAGUUCACGCGGCUGUCGCAGGUGACCAGAGAUCCCAAGUACUACAACAUGGUCACGAAAGUGGCUGUUCUUAUGCAGCAGUCUCAAAACCAGACGAAGCUACCAGGAAUGUGGCCGGCGAAUUGGAAUCUGGCGACAGGUAACUUCGUAUCUGACAACUCCUUCACGAUUGGGGCAUUUGCCGACUCAACGUACGAAUACCUGCCGAAGAUGUUUGCUUUGACUGGUGGAGCCGACACCAUGUAUGCACAGAUGUAUCGCACUGCCGCUGAGGCCAUCACAAACAGCCUACUCUACCGACCGACGACGCCGAACGAAGACGACGUACUCUUUGCAGGUAGUGUAUGGGUAGAAAGCGAUGGCAGCCAGCGACUCAAUCCGGAAGGCCAACAUCUAUCGUGCUUCAUAGGUGGCAUGUAUGGCGUCGGAGGCAAGCUCAUAGGUGACGAAAGCCACGUGGAGCUCGGUCUGAAGCUCACAAAAGGCUGCAUCUGGGCCUACAAUGCAUUUGCUUCUGGCAUAAUGCCGGAGAACUUCAACCUGGUAGCAUGUCCUAGCAUACAUGGGCCAUGCCCAUGGGACGAGGAGAAAUGGCGGCAGAAGCUCUAUGCGGACUUCGACGGGCACGACGAUCUUCCUAAGGGGUUCACAAAUGCUCGAGUUCCAACAUAUCUCCUCCGACCAGAGGCCAUCGAAAGCGUGUUCAUUAUGUAUCGCAUCACAGGACGCGAAGAGCUGCUAGAUGCGGCGUGGACAAUGUUCCAGGCCAUUGACAAGGCGACGUCGACACCCUAUGGUAACGCCGCUAUCGAGGACGUUGGAACAGUCGGAUCGAGACAGAGGGAUUCUAUGGAAAGCUUUUGGCUAGCUGAGACGCUUAAGUAUCUCUACUUGAUCUUCUCGCCGCCAGAUGGGAUGAGCUUGGACGAGUGGGUGUUCAAUACCGAAGCACAUCCUUUCCGGCGGCCCCGGGGCUCAUACUGA